AUGUUUGCACUCAUAGCCAGGAAUGGUUUUUUUGAUGAGAAAUGCCUCAAGCUUAACGGGAGGUGCUCGGAUGCUUGUCAGAAAAACGAAGAACUUGUUGCUCUCUGCCAGAAGUCUGUGAAAUGCUGUGUGACCAUCGAGCCAUGUUGGAAGAACAUAAAUGAUUAA